CCCAUUACUACUCGCCAACAUCUUCCCGAUUCCUGGGCGGGGCACCACAAGGCAAUGAACAAGGUUAAGGAUAUUCUUCGGGCUUUGUCACGGCCCGAUUCAGAUGAUUAUUAUUCAGGAGAAUUUCAUAAACACAAAUGGCUGCAGCAAGGAGACUGGUUCACCUCCCCAUGA